CAAUCAAUAUACCUUUUAUCAUAGUCCUUUUCACCUAUUCCCUAUUCCUUUAUCGUACAUAGACAUCUAGUUCAUUCUGAAAAUAAGACAAUGGAUAUUCGAUCACUACUCCACCCUGAGGAUGCUGGUCAAGAGCAAACAAAGCGCAGUACUUUUUCAAUAUCUUCCAUGUUGAUAAAGCCCGAAGAGGAGAAUGAGCCUUAUUUCAAGCUUUCAAAUGGACCAAAGACAGAAUCAUUGAAUACCAGCACCGCGGCGAAUGGAUUGCCUUUGCCUUUACAACGGUCUUUAUCAGAAGAUACGACUCAGCGAGGAAACCGCCCAUCAGUUGGAGGACAUUUAUUACGCAGUCGUUUGUCGCCGCAGCGAAAUUUAGUGGAACCAGAAAGUGAUAGCAACGUCAGCGUUUCAUCCACAGGAAGUCUAAAACGGCGGCGGAGGCAACUUCCAAAGGCAAAGCUAGCGUCUGCGAAACCACCGCCGUUACCGCCACAACUGUCGCAUGACAUGAAUAGCUCGGAUGGUGGGACGUCACCGGAUAGUGGUAAUUAUUAUGGAGAAUCAGAGUCAAAUGAUGGAGAGUACGAAGACGAUGGGAGCAUAGGUGACACUGCCCGUGAACUCAAGUCGCUUCAUCUACGCAAAGCUGGCCGCUUCAGAAAGAGCCAAACGCACCCAUCUCGAUCCAACCACAGCAAACCCACCAACCUAUCUGCUACGAACACAUCUUCUGGCUACGAUCGACCUUAUACGUUUGGUGAUAAAAUCGAAUGUAUCAAGUCGGAUGAGCAAGGCACGUGGCAUGUCGCCCGGAUUGUUGAUUUUGAAACAUACCCGGCUAGCCCCGACAGCAAUAUCUUUGUUCAUUAUGAAGGCUUCCCUCCAGAGCAAGAUGAAUGGGUUCCUCCACAUCUGAUACGUUGCUGUGGUGCUCACCACCCAUUCUUACGCCACGGCCCUCGUGGCGCUGAACAAGACCGCUCGUGGCGGGAUUUUGCUGCCUAUCAUCAGACCGAAGAAGCAGAGAAGCUUCGAACCCAUACUGCCAUCGCGUACGACAAGCAAAUGCUCUUACAUGCCUGUCCUUGCGGCUGUGAACGCACUAUUCACCCUGAAAGACCUGAUCGACUGGUCAGCAUUAUGGAUGGUUUAUACCGAAAUGGCUUGAUGCGAUACUUCCGAAGGUUGCAAGGACGAGAAGCGACUGUUGAAGAGCUUCUGAGUGUACACACUGAAACGCAUGUUCGCAAUUAUUGCUCCACGCCAUCACUGACUUCUGAGCCGGAUGCCAUGGUCACAGACAACGAUACCCAGGGAAACAGCGCCACCUCCAUUUUAUCCAUCUUGAAUCCAGAGGAUAAUCAAGUACGAACGAGACAUGGUUCUGGACCUGGUGCCAUGUUACGUGGUGUAGGUGGAGACGUGGUGGUACAGGCAGAUGCCGACCAAAUUCGCCGACAACAUCGACGAUUUUCGACGGCUAUGCCGGAUAAAGCGACCAAACCAAGUCAAGCGGAUCAAGAGACACAGGAUGCCUCUCUGGUACCGAUCACGCCACCGACCCUGGUUUGUAAAAUGACCUGUGGAGAGCUUGGAAUAGCUGUCGAUACUACGUUUCAUCCAUUGCAUUCAUCCAAAUCGGCGAGAAUGGCGGCUGGCACGUUGCUCAACGUCGUAGAUCAAGUCGUCAAUGGUCGAAUCAAGAACGGCUUUGCGUUGAUUCGACCCCCUGGCCAUCACGCUGAGGAAGAUGAAGCGAUGGGGUUCUGUUUCUUCAAUAACGUUGGCGUUGCAGCAUCCUUGUCGUUGAAAUUAUAUCGAAGUCUUGUCCAAAAGGUUUUGAUCAUUGAUUGGGAUAUACACCAUGGCAAUGGUACUCAGCGUAUCUUCUACAAUAACCCCAAUGUGCUUUUCAUCUCCAUUCAUCGUUGGGACUCUGGUAAAUUCUACCCUUUUAGCGGUGCUCCUGAUGAAUGUGGUGAUGGCCCUGGAUUGGGAUUCAAUGUCAACAUCGCUUUCAGUGAGCUUGAGAAACAAAAACCAAUGGGCGAUACAGAGUUUAUAGCUGCCUUCUAUCACCUUGUCUUGCCGAUUUCUCGCCAGUUUAACCCUGACCUUAUAUUCGUCUCUGCUGGAUUUGACGCUGCUGAAGGUCAUCCCGAAAAUCUUGGUGGUUAUUGUGUCACUCCUAGAGGAUACGGUAUUAUGACUAGUCUUGUUCGGGAACUAGCUGACGAGGUGUCGAACGGCCGCUUGGUAUUGUCGCUUGAAGGUGGCUAUGCUUUGCAACCAUUGGCCAAUUCAGCCGUGGCUACCAUGGUGCAACUCCUGCCGCAAGGAACGGUACCUGCAGAUAUGCAAUAUGACCAUACCUUGCAAUCCAUCAAGCCUAACGCUGCUGCCGUAGCCAGUCUGCGACGCGUAUCUGCUAUUCAGUCUCAGCAUUGGAAGCUUGAUCCAGCUCUUCUGGAUGAAGAUUAUCGAUUUCAUCUACCCACCGAAUGGAAGGCCCAAAAUAGCAUCAGCACCCGACCAAGACGUGAUAAGCGCCAGCGUAUAGCUCCUAAAGGCAUUGAAGGCUACUAGAUUUGAGCUUUGUUUUCUUUAAGGAUUGUACAGUUUCUUUUCUCAAUUUUACAUACGUUUCUCCUUUUUCUUUUCUUUGGAUCUUUUGUAUCAUAGACUCUUUUAGAAUGUAUAAACCCCUCCCCCAACAAGUUAUCUCCACCA